CAUCUAUUGGCAUUUUUCUUCCCUUACAAUCAUGGAACUUCACAGCAGUUUUUCUAACUUCACCUUAACGGCAUCCUUUCUCUUCCUCUUCGUACUAUUCAAAAUAGUUAAAAGAUGGACUACUUCUAAAAAUUCUAACGCCAAUUUACCACCAGGACCAUGGAGACUGCCUUUCAUAGGGAACAUACAUCAGAUUAUUAGCAGCCCAUUGCCUCAUCAUUCUUUCAAAAUUUUGGCACAAAAGUAUGGACCUUUGAUGUACCUAAGACUUGGUGAGGUACCAUACAUAAUAGCUAGUUCAUCAGAAAUGGCCAAGGAGAUUCUGAAAACACAUGACCUCAGUUUAUGUGAUAGGCCAAACCUUAUGUUGUCCACAAUAUUUAGUUACAAUAAUACUGAUAUUAUAUUUUCUGUAUAUGGAGAACACUGGAGGCAACUACGAAAGAUAUGCGUUAUAGAGCUAUUGAGUGUAAAGCGUGUCCAGUCAUUUAGGUCCAUAAGAGAAGAAGAGGUGGAUGAUCUUGUUAAAUCAAUAGCUGCUAGUGAAGGAUCAAUUGUUAAUCUUUCUCGUAAGAUUUCUGAUAUGGCAUACGGGAUAGUGGCAAGGGCAGCUUUUGGGAAGAGGAGUAAAAACGAACAAGCAUUCAAAUCAGCAAUUGUUGAAAUAGCAAGUUUGUUGGGGGGAUUUUGUAUUGCUGAUUUAUAUCCAUCUAUUAAAAUGCUUCAAAGGAUGAGCAUGGCAAAGAAAAAAAUUGAAAAACUUCACAUAGAGAUUGAUAAGGUAAUGCAAGAUAUCAUCGACGAUCACAGAAGCACUCAGAGGUGUUAGAGAUUUGGUAUGAUAAUCCUGGAUAUCCUCAAGAAUCGUGUUCGUUCACUUUCCGAACAAAGUAUUUCGACCCUAUACUUGUCUGGGUUCACGAAAUCUUUGCGGGGAUAAUUCUUGAAGAAUCAAUCUGUUUCUGACAAUGGAGAACAGAUCGGAAUGUAGAGGAAGUGUAUGAUUUCGUAUGUCAAAUCGAGACCGAAAGACUCCUUAUAUAGGAGACCAAUAAUAGCAACGAACAGACACACCUGUUCGGUAAAAAACAGUUAUGUUGGUUGGAAACGAAGCAUCUGUUCGGUAAAACGGUUAAGUCCGUUGGGAAAGGGUGCAAGAUAUAGUUGGAACAGACCCCAGCCAGGGGCGCUGCCCCUUGGACCCCGCCAGGGGCUCCGCCCCUUGGACCCCGACGGGGCGCUGCCCCGCACCCCGCCAGGGGCGCUGCCCCUUGGACCCCGCCAGGGGCUCCGCCCCUUGGAACCCCGUUUCUAUUAUUCAUAUUCAAUUGUACGUUUGGCUCUACGAGCGUGCACUCCGCACUACCCUAACUCGUUUCAAGCUUAACGCAUAAUUGCAUCGGCCUUCAGUAAAUCACAUUACUACCAAAAUUGCAUUGAUGAUACUAAAAUCACCAACAAACUCCCCCCAUUUUAGUAUAAUCCUUGAUUUACUUACAUGUAUAACGAUCAAACAAAUGCAUAGAAGAAAAUGUCUUGCGAUUGAAUUUUCAUCUUAGUACAAAUACACAUUUCAAAUAUUCGGAAAUCGGGGUGUCAUAAUGAUUGAACCCGUCAAUCCAUUUGAAUACCUAAAGAUAUAGUACACAUAUGUUUCUUACAAUACUCUACUAUUCAUACUUGACACUUUACAAGCCAUGUGUCCUUAUCCAUUAAUAAGCAUAUAGGAAGCCAAGUCCAAGCUUCUUGAAGCGGCAAAACUUCAUGCUUACAUAGGUGAUCCUUUUAAUCUUGCACCUGCAUUAGCAAUUUUUCAAAAGAACCAUUAAGAAGAUAUACUUCAACCUAGCCAUCACUUGCAGGUCUGAGCACAUACCUUGGGAAGAUAAACACAAUUGCUCCAAUCUUUAACUAUGAUCUUUCCACAUUGAAUUCUGCUUCUAACGUUGUAUUAGAAGG